CUGAGUGAACCGAACGGAUCGGUCGCGUCUCUGUUUCUGUCAAUCGCCUGUCAAAAGCCUAUGACAUAAAUAAGCGGGAAUUUAAUUAAGCGCUAGUCAACUUUGGAAUACCAAUUCAAAACUUAAACUUUUAUUGACAUUAAUGAACUUUUGGUGUUUGGUGUUUUUGUUUGUGUUGUAUUCGAGUACCAAUCUGGGGAUUAGCUUAAUAGGAUGUGCGUGUGUGAGUGGCGAACUAUAGCUAAAGUGCUUAAAGUGUGGGAUUAAAGUGAGUGCUAUAUGAGACGUUUAGAGUGUAUCAUAUAACAUUGGAAUGGAGCCCUUGCCAAGAGGGGGCCGCGUUUUUGUGGCCUUCUUCGCGACCGUGUUUUGGGGAAUUGGUGUUCGCGGCCUCCACAACCUAGAUAUAAACGUGCCAAAUGCAGUGCUCGUCGGUGAAACGGUGACGCUUGAAUGUACCUGGCAAUUAGAGGACGAAGAAGCUCUGUAUAGUGUGAAAUGGUAUCGGGGCAGAGAAGAAUUCUAUAGAUAUAUUCCCAAAGAGCUUCCACACACAAGAGUAUUUCCAUUACCGGGUAUCGAAGUUGAUAUAUCCCGGUCUGGAGCCCGGCGCGUGGUACUCCAAGAAGCGACGCCGGCAAUGGCCGGCCGUUUCCGGUGCGAGGUGUCCGCCGACGCGCCCACCUUUCACACGGAAAUACGUUCUGCACCACUGGAAGUUGUUGAAACCCCAGAAUGGGGCCCCAAACUGGUGUCGGAUCGGUCGUGGUACGGCGUGGGAUCAACGUUGCGUGCGACCUGUGCGUCGCCACCAGCUCAUCCACCCGCUAACCUGACCUUCGCACUAAAUGGGCGAGAGAUCGACAUGGAAUCUUUCGUCCACGAACUACCAGAAUGGUUCAAAUGGGACCCGCCGACAAAGGCAGACACAACAACAACCCAACUCCCCGACGAAGAUUUUAACAUAAACGACGAGAACGUACAAUAUUUAGAUGAAUCGUACAUAAACUUACAUAAAGAGGAAAUUCGAAGGCCUCCUAAGGAGACCAAGUUCGAAAGGUCAGGCCCGGAUAACAGAAUGCCGUCUGUUGGGGAAGUUUUGUUCGUAGUUCGACAUGCAGCAUUUGAAGGUGGCAGCCUUCGAUUGACGUGUAUAGCGAGUAUAUACAACCUGUAUGCGGCGAGGGCGGAACUCAUCUUCGAUAUGGAACAGCCAGAAGUUGCGUCUGUGUUGGGCGUCCGGAAUAAUGCUAUAGAGUCAUCGAUCUCUCGCGUUGUUCUCUUAUCGAUACUGAUUUUGCUUUACAACACUCGGUAGUUCGGUAAGGCUAUUUACUCUUCAUGUACAAUUAUACAUAUCUAACGUGGAGAAUUAGAAAUAGUACCAAAUGGCCAAAUUAUAUAAAUUUUUAUGAUUUUUAUUUGGAUUGAAUGUGAAAUUUUUUUGUUAUACAAAUCUAAUUUAGCUUAACAGUAUUGUCUAUGGAAUUGUCAAGGAAAUAAAAGUAAAGGAAAAAUAAACAGAAUGCCACCAAUCACAGGACUCCGUUUUUCCGUUUGACCAAUCACAAUCAAACGAAACGCGUCUGCUUUUGUUUUACACUCUCAUCCUUCAAUUUUGAGAUAAUCGAUAAAAUUUAUUGGCCUUUAGUAACUUUAAAAACACCAUCUUUAUAUAUUAAUGAUGAAAUAUUAUAUAGUGAUCUUUUGAUGGUUUUGCAAAAUGUAAUUUCAAAUAUAAUAUUCUCCUAUUUUAUUUCAAAAGAUUAGGAAUUGUGCGAGACUUGGGAUUAUUAAAUUGUUAUCUAAAAUCUUUAAGAAAUUAACGUUGUAAGUUGGACCGAGACGAUGUUCUGUUUAACACUUCGGAACUUUAAUUUAUUGUAAAUUUUGUUAAAAAAUAUUUUUCUGAAUUAUUUUCUAGAGAAUAUCUUGCUGAUUAAGGUUUCUCGAUUCUAAAUCCACAAUUUAGGCCUAGAUUAAGUAGAUCCAAUAUAUAAGUAUUAACUGACUAACCAUACAUUUUAUUGUAAAAUACCUUUUUAAAUAUCGGUUAGAAAUGUAAUAUUAAAGACUGACUUUUAGUAUUAAUUUUGAGGUUAUGUUUAGAUGUCGACUUAGAUAUUUCUUGUUUGUUGUAUUUCUUUAAUAUGUAGAAUAUGUGAAUGUACAUCGAUAUAUAUGAAUGUAAAUAAUCAAAUGCUAGAAUAUGCUUAAACCAAAAUAUUAUAUAGAAUUUAAAUUAUUUUUAUGGUUCGCGAAAUCAAUUCAUUAUUUUCUAUAGAGAUAUGCGUACUGCCAAUUUAUAAUUUGUAUGUAAAAUUAUGUUUAGAUUAUUCAAAUCAAAGUGCGGAUAGGCCUGUCUGGAAAUACCCACUAGUGACUAGAAAGACAACUGUCGUUUAAAAACCUUUCAAGAAACAAUAGCUGUGUUAUUCUUUAAUGCCAGGGUUUGCAUAGCGUUGCCGGCUUUUUAAGAAGUUUUACGCUUUCUUUUCUAAAACAUAUACGUCGAAUUGAUUCAGAAACAGUUUAGUGGGCAGCAAAGUGAUUGGUCAUCGACGAUCGAAGACAUCAAUAUAUACCUAAGUUUGUAACGACACGUAAGUAGUAGGUUUCUUAACGGUUUUCCUUACAAAAAUGUAUUUAAAUCCAUAAACCAUAUAUUUGAUAUUAUUCUUUGUUUUGGUUUCUGUAGGCAUAAAAAAGGUAUAUUACCCUGUCAUGGGUCAAUUACGUCUUGUCAUAGAAGUUUGUUUCUUGAAACGAAUUACGCCCGCGGAAAUCCACUUUGCUAAAUCUUUAUCCGCGGGCUUUGUUGGCCAUAAAAUUAUGUACUUAUGACAAUAUGAAAAGCAUGUUCCAUUUGUUGUGUUACAUCUAAAGAAAGAUAUUUUCAACUAUUUAAGAUUGUAAAUAUCUAUAAUUAAGGGAAAGAAAAUAAAAAUUUGU